CACCGAUCGCUUAUCACGCGGUUGUACCCCAACCGUUCUAGCAUUUUCAGGCAUUGUCGCAACUCCUGCACGUGAACAGUAGUGAACUGAUUCUAGCCGGAGAGGGCGCUCGCUCCCGCAUACGCUCAUCAAGCCUUGCUGUCCGUGACCCCCCUGCGCGUCCCCACCGCCAGAGGCCUUAAUUUGAGUUACUAGCUGGCGCUGUGCAUGCUCGUUGCCGUGAGCUCUCUUCUUCCCAACGUCUUGUUCGUGCUGUGACGGUUGCCGGCCGCCAUACCAUGCUGCUUUGUUGUUGCUCGCCAGCGUCAUAAUGUCUACCGAGGUCUCGCAGUCACUGGCAGCCGCAAUGUCGAGACCUCAGAUCGGCAUCGACCGCUUGCCUGCCCGUCGGGUCUCGAACGAGCCGCGAGAGGCUAUGAAUUGCAAAAGCUGUCGCAAACGAAAGAUCAAGUGCAACCGUACACGGCCGACUUGCGAAGCCUGUCAAGUGUUUGCUGUUCCUUGUGUCUACGACGCAGUCCCCAAGAAGAGAGGGCCAAAGACCGAUGUCCUUGAAGCCCUGCUGAAGCGUGUUGAUGGACUAGAAAAGCGCCUCCAUUCGGAAGGAAAGAGCGAUGAGCUGGUUGAAGAGCUCUCCUCCGCUAUUCAUGAUGUCGCCGAUAACUCCAAGGCCACCAAAACCUCCCCCAAUAUGCAACCUGCUAGCGACUUGUCCCCAAAACAUGGCAAUGUCAACAUUGCCAACCAGUUGAUGUCGCCCAUCGAACCGAGCGUACAAACACCAACGCUUGCACCAGAUCUACUGCUCGACACCUAUUUCGCCAGGAUACACGGGAAGCCCUACUACAUAUUAGAUGAGGCUACAACACGGCAACGAUUGCAAGCUAAUCAACUACCGUCGCAUCUAGCCUUUGCUAUCUAUGCAGUUAGCGCGAGGUACGCACCUCACUUUGGCGGUUACAAUGCCGCAGUCCGAACAGGAUCAGAAUACGCGCGACGCGCACGGUUGGAGAUCGACAUUGAUGAGCCAUCGAUUGAGGCUCUACAAACCCUGAUGCUGCUCGCGCAAGCAAGCUUCCAAUUAGGGAAGGGAAAGAAGACAUUUAUGUUACUUAACGCUGCAACAAGCAUGGCAUUUGCCCUCGAUCUCCACCGCGAACUGCCACAGGGCAUGAAAGUUACUCCCGCCGAGCGAGAAGGUCGACGACGACUGUUCUGGUCGUGCUAUCUCAUGGAUCGAUUCGCAGCCAGUGGCUCAAAGCGCCCCUCCUUGGUAACAGAUGAGUCGAUUGUACUUCGCCUGCCAAGCUGGCAGCUGCACCCGAGCGCGAUGCUGUUGGAAGGCGACUACUUCCCCAAUGGACAGAAUCUGCAAUACAUGGGUGGCUCUGGCAAGGCUGGGCAAGGUAGCAUGGGCAUGCUUAUUGGGAUAGCAAGAAUUCUUGGCAUCACAAAUCGCUACCUUGCCGCUGGAGGGGUCAAGGGCGAUUCACACUUCCCCUGGCAUUCGCUAUCCAACCUGUCCAAGAUUCGCCAAGAGCUUGACAUCUGGGCUUCAGACACACAGGACACUUUUACCUCGAUUGAAGCACUGUUCGGCCAACCUGAUAGCACCAUCCUGGUUCUUUCGAAGCUAGUGUACCAUCUGAUACAUUGCUUGAUCUAUCGCCCGUUUCUACCAGUUGAUCUGGCUGAGCUUUCCGGGACCUCACAGCAUCAACCCUGGCAAAUCGAGGCAACAAACUUGUGCUUCUUGCAUGCUAAUGCUAUUGCCGAACUCGUAGAGAUUGGUAGAGCCUCCUCCAUCAUCGAUUGGCCGGCUUUCGUAGGCUACUGCGUCUGCACAGCCGGCACCAUUCACGUCCACGGCGCACACUAUCCUGCCCGGGAAGGAGAGGUCUUCUCUGUCAGCGCAGAGUUCCUAUCUCGCGAGAUGCAACAGCUCUCUGAACUCCGAUUCAUCUGGGCGGGCGCGCAGCAUCAGCGAGAGACAUUGCAGACUAUCUAUGGGUGUCAUACUGAGCUUGUGACAUCACUGGCCAGCAACCCAAUGCGCUUUUCGCCGGUAUUCCAGCUCGAUGAUUUCUUUGAUAGGUACCCAGGUCAGGUCUUUGAUGGAUCACACGUCACCUUUCUUGAUAUUCAGGUUGAGUCCAUCCAUGAGAGCCUGGCGACCUACAACAUCGAGCAACGCAACAAUAUGUAUGUCAACAGCGGCAUCGUUGGAAACUCUCACGGGUACCAACAGCAGCAACACACCCAGCCACAGCAACGACAUUAUUCCAACGGCCAGCCUAGCAAGCGGCGAAGAGCGACCAAUUCAAAAAUAACACCACAGAUUCAAUCGGCACCUCUGCCGACACCUACAAGUGCCACAUAUCCUCCGAUAGUGAGGGCUUCGCGACCUUCCGAUGCCGGGCUUUCCGACACAACCUCAAAUCCAAGCCCCGGCGAUACAAGGGUGAACGGACCGACGAAUCCACCUUUCACACCACCACCGAACCAUAACACAAUGAACAUGCCAAACACGACCAACGGUGGCGGGAACAGUCAGAUUGGAGGCCUGGCCCUCCCGUUCAGUCCAAACUUUUCAUUUUCGCCACUGCCGCAGUUUGCGAGUCUAGCACCCUCGCCAGUACCACGCGCAGUAAAUCCGAACCCGAACACCGAUAACUCGAUGUCGCAUUUCGACCCGAUGCUGAGCAUGCCGACACCAUACGAUCAGCAGCCGACACCAGGCGCCGGUAGCACGUCAGGUGCGUCGGUGCACACAGAUCCCGAUAGCAAGGAUCCAUUCCUCAGUCUACUGGAGCAGCUCGCAGAGAACGAGGUUAGCCAUGGUGGGCCCAGCGAGCUGGACUUCUUCCUUAGUGGGCAGAGUGGAUGACGAGAUCCCACAACUGCCUGAAGUGGAAACAACUCCGGACAGUUCCGCGGUUUCUCUCACCAUGUCCUUGUUGCAUCAGACUGAUGUCUACGUUCCAUUAUCUCUUCGCUUCAGUAAAUAUCUAAUAGGCUUUGAAAGCUACAAAACG